AAAACAGCGUUUUCAUUGUUAACUGACAAAUUAAUUAUUUUAUAAAUCUAGUGAAAAUCAGUUAAAUAUAUUUCAUCGAACACGAUGUUAGAAACACGUUCUGCCGUAUUUAAAAUAAUGAAAACUAACGCUCACGAGGAACGACAGAUUAAAAAAUGGCCACCCCCAUUUUCUUCUGCGAUAACUCCUUAUUAUGAAAGAGAUUUUGACGAUGUCGUUAAACGAACUUGUGCAGAAAAAUCUCUUACCCUUCGAAUAUCGAAGGUGAUCGUUAUCGGGGACGUAGCAGUCGGGAAAACGUCAUUAGUAAAUCGAUUUUGUCACAAACUCUUUGAUAAUAACUACAAGGCGACUAUCGGAGUAGAUUUCGAAGUCGAAAGGUUCGAUCUUCUUGGCGUACCAUUUCACUUGCAGAUAUGGGAUACGGCUGGACAAGAACGUUUCAAAUGUAUCGCUGCUUCUUAUUAUCGAGCGGCUAAUGCGAUAAUAAUUGUCUUUGAUGUGGGAAAUCUAAUGACUUUGGUACAUUGUCAACAAUGGUUAAUGGAAGCAUAUAAAAGCAAUACUAAUCCUUGUCAUGUUUUUCUAGUCGGUACAAAAAGAGAUUUACUGUCGAAUCAAGUAUACAAGGUAAUCGAAAAUCGAGCAAUAGAUGUAGCAGAACGAAUGAGAGCCGAAUAUUGGACAGUUUCAGCAAGAACAGGAGACGGAGUGGCAGAAUUAUUUGCAAGGGUCGCUAGUUUAUGUUUUAAUGCGAUGGUUUUACGAGAAUUAGAAAUUAACGAAACAGUACCAAUGAAUAUCGGCUCGGAUCUAAUAACAUUGAAGAAUAAAUCUAAGGAAAACGGAGAAAAAAAGAAAAAGAUCGUUCCGAAAUGUUUUGAUUGUUCUAUAUAAAUAUAUUAAUCUCAAAGAAUUACAAAUGAUUGGUGAAAUACAUUAUAUGUUAUAAAAUAUUACGAAUUAUCAAGUAUGUAUCUCGAUUCGAUUUAAUUAUACAAUUCGAUUAAAUGAAAGAUGUCAUGUCUAAGUAGAAUUAUUCGAAAAGUUUUAAAUGAGGCGCGCGUUCAUGCGAAUACUAUCGUUACUUCCGGUAAUAUCCAAGACGAACUAUCGAGUGUAAAAACCGAACUAAACCGAACUAGUAUUGCUUCUUCUUCCCACGUUGAAGAAGAAGAAGAGGAAGAAGGAACUAAUGGCAGUUAUCGUUUACGAGAAUUUUAAAACGUGCGAGUGAAGCGAGCUUAAAAUCUGGUGUUGUGUGUUGGCUUGUAAAUUCAGUAUCUCGAAAGUAAGAACCACACGCUCGGCAACCUUCGACAACCUUCCGACCGUGACACGCUCGAUUUGCCAUCAUUGUCGAUCGUCGUUCGUCGCAACUGAAAUUCUUUUCUCUUGCCUCCUGUUACAUAUUCUCUCUUGGACGCACGCACACAGAUAGACAGACAGUAAUAUCACGCUACUCUUAUCGGUCUAAUUUUCCAGUCUCAAAAAAGAGUAGCUCCAAUAGGUCGGUCGGUCGAAUCGUGAUCAAAUUUUUCGUAGAGGAUCCAUCGUUAAAUCAACUUCAAACGAGAGAGCAAGAUUAAAUUUUUCUUCUCUUUUAUAUUUUUUAUAUACAGCAUCACGUUAUUCGUCCUUUCGUACGUGAUUCGAGAAUUCAUUAACUAUGUGAAUUCUUGGCCGACAGUAUUUCCUUGGUACAGUAUCGUCUCUACAGAAAAGAGAAAAAGGAGAGAAAAAGAACAAAUCAGAGAAAAGAAGAGGAGAGUUACAUGGUGAUUGAAUAUUUUGUGAAAAUCAAGAAAGA